AUGGGAAUAAGGAUUCUCAUUUCCAGGCCAAAUCAGCUUGGAAGUUGUUUAAGCAAACAAAGUAUGAAAUUCCACACUGCAACACAGUCACACUCUUCAUUGAAGCAAAAAAUCAAACACUUUGCGAGUGCCGGAGAGUUUGAGCAUGUCUUUGAUCUCUGUAGAGCUGUCCAUCUUUCAGAAUCAAAGCUUGAUUCUUUCACACUCCCUUGUGUUCUCAAGGCCUGCACCACCCUCUUGGCCUUUGAAGAAGGGCUAUCAAUCCAUGCAUUCAUCAUCAAAAGUGGCCAUGAAUGCAAUCUCUAUCCCAUGAAUUCUUUGAUUGAAAUGUAUACCAAGUUGGGCUUUUUACCAGAUGCUCGCAAAGUGUUUGAUGAAAUGCCUCAUAGGAAUCUGGUGUCUUGGAAUUUGAUGAUUUCUGGCUAUGGGGCAUGUGGUUAUCCAGAACUUGCACUUGAAUUCUGUGGUUUGAUGAGAAGCCAAUUUAUUGCUUUGGAUGAAGUAGGCAUCAAGAUCAUUCUUCGUAUAUGCGGCAGUGUGCAGGCUCUGAGAGCCGGCGAGUCUAUUCACGCCCGUGUGUUUGUGUUUGGUUUAUCUAAUGAAACUGCAUUGCUAACAGCAGUAUUAGAUAUGUAUGGCAAAUGCAGAAAACUGGAUGCUGCAGAGCAAGUGUUUGAUGAGAUAUUGUGCAGAGAUGUCGUCUGUUGGAAUGCGAUGAUAACCGGGUAUUCGAAAGGCAAUAAGCCAGAGAAAAUGCUUGAGCUUUUCAAGAAUAUGUUAGUAGAGAACUUCAAGCCUAGCAUCCCGACAAUGUUGCUCUCAAUUCAAGCUUGUACUCAGUUGUCGCUACUUCAUUUCGGCAAGGCAGUGCAUAGUUAUGCAAUCAAAAACGGUUUUUUCCCGGAUGUUUCCAUAGGGGGAUUACUGAUAGACUUGUAUUCAAAGUGUGGUGAACUUGGCUCUGCUUGUUCGGUUUUCUAUGGGAUGUCGAAAAGGAGAUUAAGUUUAAAUUCAUGGAGUUGUUUGAUGAAUGGCCUUGGCAUGCAUGGACAUGGGAAAGCAGUUUUGAUGGUGUUCUUUCAAAUGCUGAAGAAUGGGAUUGAUCCUGAUGGCAUUUGCUUUCUUCUGAUUCUAUCUUCUUGUAGUCAUAAUACUGGGUUUUCGGAUAUAGGCCGGAGAGUUUUCCGUUAUAUGGUAGAACAGUUUGGAAUUCGACCAACAAUGGAGCAUUAUGCGAGCAUGGUCGAUAUUAUCGGUCGGUCUGGAUGCUUAGAGGAAGCCUUGAAGUUCAUAUGCAAGAUGCCUGUAGAACCAAACAGCGAUGUAUACGGAGCAUUCCUUGGGGCAUGCAGGAUCCAUGGACACUUGGAGAUGGAAAGAGUGUUUACCGAUUUUUUCGUUGAUUCAGAUUGCACAAUUCCCGGGUUUUAUAAGCUUGUAUUGAGUGUACAUGCCUGCAGAAAUAACUGGGAUGAAGUUUCGAAGAUCAGAAGACUUAUUGAAGAGAAGAGAUUCAAGAGCUCUUGUGGUUGCAGUCUAAUUGAAUCUAGCUGA